CGUGUUUGCGCAGCCGUGGUGUAGUCGCCGGACCUCACGUGCUGGAGAUGGCGGCUGACUCUCUUCCUCCGUCCACAAUGGCGCAGCCGGGGACUCUGAACCUCAAUAACGAGGUUGUAAAGAUGAGAAAAGAAGUGAAGCGAAUUCGAGUUCUGGUCAUCCGAAAACUUGUCAGAAGUGUUGGCAGACUGAAGUCCAAAAAGGGCACUGAAGAUGCACUGUUGAAAAACCAAAGGCGAGCCCAGAGGUUGCUUGAAGAAAUCCAUGCCAUGAAGGAAUUGAAACCUGAUGUCGUAACUAAAUCUGCUCUUAGUGAUGAUAUCAACUUUGAAAAAACUUGCAAAAAGCCAGAUUCUACUGCAACUGAGAGAGCAAUUGCCAGAUUAGCAGCUCACCCUCUUCUAAAGAAAAAAGUCGAUGUGCUAAAAGCUGCUGUCCAGGCCUUCAAAGAUGCAAGGCAGAAUGCUCCGAGGGCUGCAGCAUCUAAGAAAACUUCAGUAGAAGGCCAACAUAAGGACAUUCCCAGGUCUAAGGAGGAUGCAAGUGAGUCAGAGCAUCCUGGGAGAACCGUCGUCCCUGAGCAGAAGGGAAAGGACACCAGCAUAGCAGCAAAGAAGGCGGGAAGUGCUUCAAAAGAACAACUGGCCAAGGCAGAGCAGGGACCCAAAGCAGUGGCCACUGCAAGGUCUCCAGGGAAGCCUUCAGGAAAGGGUGCUGGGCUUAGCUCUGGACACCAGGGGGCCCCAAGCUCAGGGGACAACACCCAGGGGAACGCCUCAACCAGAGCCACAGGGAAGGACAGUGUAUGUGAACCCACUGGUAACAGUGGCAGUGAGGAAGAGGAGAGCGAGGAGGAAAAGGAGUAUUUUGAUGACAGCACUGAAGAACGGUUCUACAAACAAUCUUCUGCAUCUGAGGACAGCGACAGUGGUGAUGACUUCUUCAUUGGGAAAGUCAGACGGACACGAAAGAAGGAAUGUGGUGUCCAUUCCUCAGCUAAGGACCAGAAGCCCCUCCCAAAAGUGUCAUGCAAAACAAAUACACUUGAAACCCAUUGGGAUUUAAGAAACGAUAAACACAAGCUGAUUCCAGAAGCCAGGAAGUUAGAAUCCGUGUUUUUCCACUCUUUAUCUGGACCUAAAAGCUCUAGAAGGGAUCCCAGAGAACAGGCCCCAAAGAAUAAACGCCCAGAUUUUGCAGAAAAUGAUCCUCCAGUCAAGAAUCAGUUUACAAAGAGUGCACACAGAGGCUUCGAGAGCCUGAAGCAGCCGACACGCCCACCUCUGCAUCCUUCCUGGGAGGCGAGCAGGAGGCGGAAGGAACAGCAGUCCAAAAUCGCUGUGUUUCAGGGGAAAAAAAUUACAUUUGAGGAUUGAUUUGAUGCUUGCUGUCUCUUUCCAAGCUUUCUGUCACAAUUUUUGGUUUUAAUUUUAACUAGCCUGUUAUUUAAACUUGUGUUUAAAUAAGUCUCUUUGAAAGUUAUAAAACA